AGAGACAGUAUGGUACAACAAAACAAAAGGAAACGGACACGCCAUUGUAUAAUCUUGUAUCAGUACUAGGCUAUCAGUAACAACGUAAAAGCGAAAACAUGUCUUUUAUCCCAGUGCUUUGGAACCGCUACAACCAAAGACAGAAUGAUUCAGAUGACAUGUUCCACUUUAUGGAUGAUUGGAACCCUAUGGCCCUAAGCUGGGGGUAUGGCCGCCCCAUGAUGCAGAGAAGACGCAGACCUGAGAAUUCACUCGAUGAUAGAAAGUGGGCCUACAGUGUGAAGCUUGGAGACUUUGAUGAACAGCAUGUCAAAGUGAAAGUAGAUGGUGGUAAAGUAAUAAUUCAUGCUAAGUACACAGAUGGAAAUGAAGAAUGGGGAGAUACUGUCGAGCGCACAAGGACAGUCCAGAUUCCAGAAAAUGUUGAUGCUGAAAAAAUUCACAGCUUCAUGAAAUCUGACGGAACAAUGAUGUUAGAGGCCCCGUACCGUGUGUCAGAGGAGAAGCAACUACAAGUUGUCCCACAAGAAGGUCGGGCCUUGGUGUCCAGUGACAGUCAAAGCAAUUUGAUGACAUUCAGUGUCGACAACUACCGACCAGAAGAGGUAAAAGUUACAUGCAAAGAUGGAAUGUUGACAGCCCAAGGAGAAAGACAGAGGUCUGAGGAUGGUCAUGAAAUUCGUGAGUCGUUCUUUCGUCAGAUGACAGUUCCUCGGUCUGUGGAUGGGAAGAACAUCCAAUGUUUUAGAGAUGAUAAAGGCAAUCUUACUAUCCGUGCACCAAUGGCUGAAGAUGUUGAAAUGGAACAAGCCAAACAUUAGAUCUAUUGUAACUUUCAAUAAGUCAUCUUAUCAAUAACUGACUAUAUACAUUUAAACUCAUUACUUUAUAUUUUGUUUUCAUUGUUAUUUUUUUUGCUUGCAAGUUGAUUCCAUUUGUUAUCUAAAACAAAAAACUGAGAAAAGCAUAAGAGUUUGUUUGACAAUCAUGUGUAUUUAGUAAUAGUGCAAUCAUUUAUUAUUGCAUAAUUUUAGUUCAAUUUAAAAAAAAACCAGAACAUUACAUAUUACUUUAUUUACUUUGUUGUUGUCUGAGAUGGACAUUAAAAUAUAUAUACAAUGAUUUUAUCACUCAAGGA